UCACAAUUCACAUCUAAUUAAACCACGUGUUCACAUUUUUUUAUCAACAAGUGGUUCUAAUGUGUUAACUUCUUUAAUUCUUCCUAAAUAAUUGCGAUACAGAUACAAAUCAUGAUCGGUGAACUCGAAGAGAAAAUGCGCUCCUUUGCGGAGGAGUUGUACAAAAUUGGGGCAGUUAAAAUUGGCGAAUUUAUUACGAAAAUGAACAUUCCGACGCCCAUAUACAUCGAUUUGAGGCUUAUCGUCAGUUUUCCCAAACUCAUUGAAUUGGUGUCGGACAUAAUGGUCGAGUAUCUAAAGCGUAUGCCGCAGUUUGAUAUCAUAUGCGGAGUGCCAUACGCAGCUUUACCUCUGGCGAGUGCACUCUCUUCGAAGUUAAACAUACCGAUGGUGAUGAGGCGCAAGGAAGCGAAAAGUUAUGGUAUGCGAAAGAUGAUAGAGGGUGUUUAUAAGAAGGGCGAUCGAUGUUUAAUAAUCGAAGAUGUUGUGACUUCCGGAAGCAGUAUUUUAGAGACGUUUCGAGAUUUAAAGGAAGUCGGCAUUGAGUGUUCGCACACCCUUAUACUUAUGGACCGUCAGCAAGGUGGAACCAGUAAUUUGAUUAAAGAAGGGAUUACAAUGCACUCCCUAUUGGAUAUGACCCACUUACUGAAGUAUUUAAAAGAGGCUAAUUACAUAGACUCGCUUGUUGUGGAUAAAGUAACGAACUACAUGGCUACAACGCAGGUCGACCUGUCUUCUACUACCAUUCCUUCUUUAAAUCGCCUAAACCUACCAUUUACAGAACGAAUUCCAUACGCCAAAAACUGUAUUGCAAGAGAAUUAUUUCAAAUUAUGACCGAAAAGCAGACAAACCUAUGCAUAGCAGCCGAUGUAACGAAGUCAGCAGACCUAAUAAACCUGGCGAAUCAAACUGGACCCCACAUUUGCUUAUUUAAAACCCACAUUGACAUCCUGGAUGAUUUCCACGUAGAUGUAAUUGGCACUCUACAAAAAAUUGCGGAGAAACAUAACUUUCUCCUAUUCGAGGAUAGAAAGUUUUCAGAUAUCGGAAAGACCGCCCAAAUGCAGUACUGCAAUGGAAUGUACAAGAUAAAAUCGUGGGCCAAAGUGAUCACGGCUCAUUCUCUGGCAGGCGCGGGAAUGUUGGAUGCGCUCAAGCAGUCUGAUAAUGGCAUAUUUUUGCUGGCCGAAAUAAGCACUUCUGGCAGUAUUAUAGAUAAGAAUUACGCGACGAAAACUACAAAGCUCGCCUCUCAGUAUCCGGAUUUGAUUGCCGGGCUUGUUUGCCAAAGUCCCUUAUUUCUGUCUGAACCUGGAUUUAUACAGUUGACUCCGGGGGUACAGCUGGAUGUCGAGAGUGACGGCUUGGGUCAAAAGUAUAAUACUCCCAGCGCAGUUAUUGAGAAGGGUGCAGAUAUAGCUGUAGUUGGUCGAGGUAUUACACAGUCUUCGGAACCAGCUGUUGCAGCUGAAAAGUAUAAAAGGUUGCUAUGGGAUGCUUAUUUAAAGAGAGUUAAAUAACAUUCCAGUUUGUUAUUGUGCAAUUUAAUUAUGUAUAUGUCUGUAGCCAAAUUAAAAAUAUUUACGUUUCAA